AGAGAGAACGAGAACGAACGAACGAACGAACGAACAAACACCGGAGAGAGAUUCUCUGGGUGGAGGCAGACACUCACUCACUCACUCACUCAGUCUCUCCCUCAGCAGGUCUGCCUUCAUUCUGUCUGAGACGCUGAGGGCUGUUUUUGGUUUAUGUUUUUCUGACUGGAGGCAAAAAGUGACAUUUCCUCGUCGUAAACAGACACGGAAUAUUAUUCGAUAGCGAAAAAAAAACAUAUUUUAGCUCGUUUCGGAGUUAAAGACUAUUGCUGCGGCGCGCUAAACAUGAGGAGAGUUAGUUAGCACGGAGAGCUAACGCAGUUAGCUAACGAGAGUUAAGCUAGCACAGUUAGCCGCUAGCUCUGCUGCUAGCUAACCGCUUGCACGGAAAAGUGAGAAGAGAUGGAGCGUGUGGACUUUCGCGAGCUUCACUGAGGACUGGAUUUAGUAGUAACGUUAAGUUUGCGACGCGUACUUCGUUUGUUUGUUUACUCGUUUAUUUUUGUUUUGCUUUAUUUUUGAGCUAAUGGAUUCGGCUCCGAGUUUCCAGCCUCCGGCUGGUCUCCAGCAGACUCUGCGCCAGUUCCACCUGAGCUCCAUGCGCUCUUUGGGAGGACCAGCCGCUUUCUCGGCUCGCUGGCAGCGCGAGGCUCCGUUUGGUAAAACCGGAGGGAACGAACCGCUUCCACCAGGACCCACACGUUCUCCGCCUCCGCCACUGCUCCCCGGGCCUUUACUGGUGCCUCCUGACCGGUCUACAGCGCGCUGCGAGACGGUGCUUGAGCGCGAGACCAUUUCGUGCUUUGUGGUUGGCGGAGAGAAGCGACUCUGCUUGCCGCAGAUUCUAAACACGGUGCUGCGCGACUUUUCCUUGCAGCAGAUCAACGCAGUGUGCGACGAACUGCACGUGUACUGCUCACGGUGCACCGCCGAGCAGCUCGAGAUCCUCAAAGUCGUGGGCGUACUGCCGUUCUCCGCACCCUCGUGCGGGUUGAUCACGCAGACGGACGCCGAAAGACUCUGCAACGCGCUCUUGCACGGAGGAUCCCUCCCUCCGCGAGGAGACCCAGGAGCCGUGGAGCUUGCGAGCACCGAGAAAAGCAUCCCCGUCUACCACGAGUGCUUCGGCCGCUGCGACGGCGUGUUCGUGCCCGAGCUAUACUCAAACCCCGGUGCCGCUUGCGUGCAGUGCGCGGACUGCGGGUUCAUGUUCCCCGCGCGCCGCUUCGUGGUGCACAGCCACCGCCGCCGCGAAAACCGCACGUGUCACUGGGGCUUCGACUCGGCCAACUGGCGCGCGUACGUGCUGCUGGACCGUGACCGCGCGCAGCCCGCGGAGCACUCGGAACUCCAGAGGAGGCUGGACGAGCUGAAGGAGAAAUUCCAGCGGGCCGGGAAACACACAGCACCAGAAAUCACGGCAUACAGUCCUGUUCCAUCCAAGAAAUCCAAACAGGAACGGUCACGUUCACCAUCUGAAGACAAAGAAAAGCAGGCUGAUUGGCUGCAGUAUCUGACUGCAUCCACAAACAAGGAUCUGAAGCAACUCCAAUUCAAGCAGCGACCAUCGGCAUUCCGGCCGUGGAGUCCCAGAGUUCCAUCCUUGGAGAGAGCAGUGCCCAGUCACAAACAUGAACGAUCGCCUCCUAAACGCCCUGAGAGUUUGGCCCCUAGUGUGACCGUGACCUCGGCUGGCCUUAGUAAGGAUGAGACACCACAGGCCACAGGCUAUCAGCCUGCAGCCCCGCUCACCCUUAGCUCCAGACCCACCAAACACUGGCCAUCUGGAGAGAGCCGGUCUUUGUCUGCAGCGCGACUCCAUCAGCCAGCGAAAAACGACUCGGACACGGACGCCGAGAUUGAAGUGGACACCUGCGACGAGAUCCCUCACGCACAUUCAUUAAGUAAUGGAGUGGCAGGCUCCAGCCCAGCAGAAGUGUGUGAUGUGCGGCUGAAAGUGACCGGACCCUCAGAGCUGGAGGCGCUGCGGCAGACGCUGUACAGUGACUUGAAUUCCAGAGAGGCCAGAGAGAGGUUCCUGCAGGAGAUCAUUCGCAUGAGGGUCAAACAAGAGGAAAAACUCACUGCUGCUCUACAGGCCAAACGUAGCCUUCAGCAGGAGCUGGAGUUUGUGAGAGCAACGAAGAAGGGCAGAUUGCGGGAAGCCAUUGAGGCCAAGCGUAACCUGCGGAAGGAGAUUGAGCGACUGAGAGUUGAAUGUGAAAAGAAGGUGCGCGAUGCCAACGAUUUGUGUGGCAGACUGAAGCGGGAGGUGGAGAGAGAGCGACAGCUUCGAGUGUGUGAUAAAGGCUGCGAGUCCGGACGCCUGCGUGCAAAAUAUUCAACACAGAUUGAGGAUCUGCAGGUGAAGCUGCAGCAGGCUGAGGCUGAUCGAGAGCAGUUGAGGGAGGAGUUGUUGAAGGAGCGUGAAGCAAGGCAGAGUCUGGAAAGAGCAGUGCUCCAACUACAGCAGCAACUCAACCAGAACACAAAACAGGCACACACUCAGGAGAGCCAACAACCAAAUGGUCGAAAGAAUGGAGAAGCUGUGGGCACUUCAUAGAAAAAAAACAGUAAACACUUGGAGGACGCUUUCUGAUACGCCUCAAACAAAGCGAUCAAAAUGAACAAGUGACACACACACACACACACACACACACACACACACACACACACACACACACAUAUAUAUAUAUAUAUAUAUAUAUAUAUAUAUAUAUAUAUAUAUAUAUAUAUAUAUAUAUUUGUGUGUGUGUGAGCAAAAUAAAUACAUGAUACAAAUACAUACAUUUUAGUAACACACUUAUGGACGGUUACGAAGAGGUGAACUGGAACAGGGAUUGGAUUAGCAAGAACUUUCCAAAGCAGAAGUUUUGUUUUAGGCUUACUAAAACCUUUUUAUCGGUCAUAACAGUCCAAAUCAGCAUUAAAAAGAAACACCGAAAUAAUCACACUCUGGAUGGAAAUCACCACCACAUUGGACUGACAUCUUAGCUUCUCAAGCUAAUCCGAGGAAUUAUAUUUUGUUAUAAGCUAUUUAACAAAGAUACUUGAAACUAUGUUGGAAACCAAAGUGUUUCCUAAUUAGCGAGCUGACAGUAGCAGAUAGUUGACCUGCUAGUGCCACAUGAAAAAUCUGUAAACAAACAAACAAAAAAAAAUACAAGAAAGUAUUAGUAAAAAAAAUAGAAUAUACGCAGGACAUGCAUUUUUCACUACAUAUGAUAAUGUUUAUGAUGCUUUUUCCUUUCUUGUUGUAUCAAUAUAAUUUGCAUGAGCAGCAGUGCUAUGUAUUUUCUGGGCAGGAUUUUCAUAUAAACAUGCAUACUGGUUAGGGGUGGGUGUGUGUGUGUGUAUAUGUAUGUAUACUUUUUUUUUUUUUUUUUUUUUUUUCUUAAUAUUUUUUGAAUACCAUGUGGAUUAAUUAACCCCUUAAUUUACCCCCUGUAGUACUGCCCAUUAUGGACCCAACAUUUUCCUUAAGUACAGUAUCUUUUUAAGCAAGUGUUAUUUUUUUAUACUCUGUGUAACUCUUGGUUCCGUUGAAAUGAACAGCACUGUGGAGGAUUUUGGUGAAUAUUUUAACUGUUCAAAUGGUCAGUCAGCAGAACUGAAACUUCUUUUUAUUUGGUACAAUUAUUUCAGUCUUUAGCAUUAUGAUGUGCUAUAAUCUUUCAAAUGUCAAUUUUAGUCACUGGUUCUAGGGAUUGUUUAAGAAAAAAAGUUUAUGAACAUAACAUUUCUACUUAUAUACAAAAGUAUGGAUAUAUAUUUUUUUACUCUACCAAAAAGAAUUGCACUUUGAAAAAAAAAACAGAAUUGUACUGUGCAUUUUAUGCCCUCUGAUUUUUUUUUUUUGUUGUUUUUGUUUUUUUUCCCCCUCAAAAUGUCAAACAGCGAAACCUGGUUUAAAAACUGUUUUCUUACAUUUAUUACGUUGUAUAUAACAUUAUAACAAGUUAGUGGAUAAAUAUUGUAAAUAAGAUAGUUGCCAGUAUGUUUGCUUGCUUUUACUUGUUAAUGCUAUUGUUUUGCUCUAUACCAGUAUAUGCUGAAUGUUUGAGAUUUUCAUAAUUCUAAACAAAAAUCUCACAUUUUCUCACAUAGAGGGCAUUUACUGUAUAAAAUUUGUGUAAUGAUGAUGUGGGGGAAAAUCAAAUCAGUAUAUUUCUGGUUCCACUCUGUUUGGAAAUCACUUUAGUAACAUACCAAAGCAGCUGUUUUGAGAUUUUCUCAAGGAUUGCCCCAGAUGUAUAACUGACAUAUUGUAAAUAAUGUUAUGUUUUAUUUCUCUUUUCAACCAGAAGCCCCUUUCGUAUCCAGACUGAUUCACAUUUGCGCAGUUAUGCAGUAUAUUUUACCUUCAUUACUUUAUUUAUUCUGGGUGACUUUCUAGCAGCCCUUUUGUGUACUGUUUGCCUGCUUUUCUUUGUUUUUUAUAGCCACAUCCCUUUGUGCUUUAAUCCAAUGAACCACACACACACACAGAAGACUGCUUAUACUUUUGGUUUUGAUAUGGCUCAUUUUGGCCACUUGUUUUUUCUUUUCCCUGCAUAUAAUACCCAUUAAACAAAAAACGAGUAUUGCAA